AGGAAUGUGACCGGCCCGUCGCCGGAAGAUCUCCUUCCCGGCGGGGCCGCACGCCGGGAGGAGUAUUGGGAGAACGCGACCUUGCGCUGGAACGUGGACCCCAGCAUGUCGGAGCUCCACAACAUGCGCAGGCGUGCUGGCUACGAGCAUUUGGCCACCACGACCCGGUAUGGCGACACCUGCUGUGCCUCCUGCGGCUCCAUCGACACUGCCAAGCUAGUCCGGGGCACAGGCUUCUACGCCGUGGCAUCUGCCGAGUCCAUGCAGGACCACGGCAUCGGAGAUGGGCACUAUUGCACGCAGGAUGCCUCCCCGCAUCGUGGAACCCAAGGAAUGGGAUGCCUGUCUUGCGCCAAGGGCAAGUUUCUGCCGGCCCACCCCUUUUCCUACCCUCUCUGGGCACAGCCGGGCGCCGGUAUCUUCGAGCGGGAGAUCAAAAUCGUGGUCGCGGACACUUGCCCGCAUCAUGGCAAUGAGGCCUGGUGCCCUGCCCGACAGGGUCGCGGGAACGAGUUCGGCGUGAAGCACCACUUCGACUUUGCGAAUCCGCCGGCCAAGUAUGACAACUACUACUUCGUGUGGACGAAGAUUGAGUGCCCGGGCCGACUGAAGCGCCGCUAUGCGCAGCACAGCAGGUUUCGGGUGGAGUUCUUGGAGAACUCGAACACCCUCCUGCUGGGACAGGUCAAGUCGGUUGACAAAGAAAACGCAGGUCAUCAGGGCACUGCAAGACUUGGAUGGACUAUGCUCCCGGAGCUUCAUGGUGCCAGAGCACUGCCCGUAACACAUCCGUUGCCUUUCACCCGCCUGGGCUCCUUUGACUCAGCCCUGACUGGCACCUCCUUCCUGGUUUGCACCCAGGUGUGCGGGGUAGUGACUGCGACUGCAAGUAUCGCCGUCCGCACACGGCGCGUGAGCGUACGGCGUUGCGCGAUGAAGCGGAUCAAGCGGGUCGCAGUGGUUGGGGGCACCCAUGGCAAUGAGCUCUCUGGCGUCAUCUUGGUACGCUCCUGGAUGCGAAAGCCGAGCUUCUCCGAAUUCAAAUCGCUUCAUGUGGACACCUUCCUCGCCAACGAAGAGGCUGUGCAGCGCUGCCAGCGCUUCGUGGACGAGGACCUGAACCGAUGCUUCGCAAAGUCGAGGCUUUCCCGGGACGGGGCCGACAGCGAGGGGUCGGAGCCGAAGCGCGCCCGGGAAAUCAACUUAAGGAUUGGGCCAAGAGGCUCGGAAACUGCGUCGGAUUUGUGCAUAGACCUGCACAACACCACUUCCAACUUUGGAAGUGGCAUCAUCAUCACCAACACUUCCUCGCCGGACCUUCACUGGAGGCUGCAGCUUUGCGCCCGGCUUGCCCGUGACUGCCCAGACGUCCACGUUGUCUUCGAUUGUGUGGGCGAUAGCUCUGACGAGCCCUUCUUGCCCCUCGUAGCCAAGACGGAUCUGACCUUCGAGGUGGGGCCCCAGGCGCACGGCACCAUCGUCGCCGAGGUGCUCCGCAGACAGCAACAGCUUGUCCUGGGCACGCUGGACUUCCUGGAGCGCUACAACGCCGGGCAGCUGUCAGAGGAAGAGAGGAGGGCAAAGACCAUCGAG